AUGAAUAGUAGAAGGGGUGCAACUGCCCUAUGCAGGUGGCAGUCGGUCCGAUUCUUUUCCAAGUGCCAAGCAUGCUUCCACGAUGCUCCUAAAUUUACCUCGUCCUCAGCCUCAGAGAUGGCACACUUUAAUGCCCUCGCUUCAUCAUGGUGGGAUGUCAAUGGGCCUCAGCGUAUUUUGCACAAGAUGAACUUGUUGCGUAUGGACUUUAUAUAUGACACAAUCCUGCUGCAUAUAAAGCUAAAUUCUAAUGUCAACUCACCAGACGAUCAAAUUUACAUCCCUCCAUAUAAUGUUGACUUGUUGCCAGUGCCAGUACGGGAGAGGAUAAUUUUGGACCAAGAGGAGCGAAAGGAGGAAAUAUUAGAAACAAGCAAAUUCAAGGUUCUAGACGUUGGAUGUGGUGGUGGUAUCUUAUCAGAGUCAAUGGCAAGGUCUCCGUUUGUAGCUAGUGUUAAGGGAAUAGACUUGUCAACUGACGUAUUAGAAGCAGCAAAGAUACAUAAGGCCAAAGACCCGAUGUUGGAGAGUAAAUUGUUGUACGAGUUGUCGGCAAUAGAAGACACGCCAAAAGAAGAAAGGUUUGAUGUUGUCACUAUGUUUGAAGUUUUGGAACAUGUGGAUUACCCAUCACGAGUACUUCUCGAAGGUUUGGAGAGAUUAGAAGUUGGUGGUUGGUUGUUCCUUUCGACUAUUAACAGAGACCCGGUAAGUUGGUUUACAACGAUAUUGAUGGGGGAGCAUAUAUUGAGGAUUGUACCUGUUGGAACACACACGUUAGAAAAGUACAUUAAUCAAUACGAAAUCAAAGAUUGGGUCGAAGAGGAUAACCAGAGAAGAGAAAAGUAUCAAGUUGUGGAUACGAGAGGAUGUGUGUAUAUUCCUGCUUACGGAUGGGAGUUUACUUCGUGUCCAAACAUUGGCAAUUAUUUCAUGGCUAUACAACGAAAGUUCUAA